GCACACACGCACACACGCACACACGCACACACGCACACACGCACACACGCACACCUCAGCACGCAGUAGUGACACUGAUCACCGAUCACUCACCCACGCCAAGGCAAAGGAGGGGCCUUCAAACACCGACUUGACUUGACUGCUGCAUUUUCUUACAAAACCCCCCAUGACUAUUACAGUGAAAGCGAAAACUCUAAAUGUUUCUUCGUCAUUCAGUGUUUCUAUUAUGUACUGUUUAGUUGACUUAAUAGUUCGAGGGAGUGAGUACUGGUACUGUUGAGAGUCGCUUGUUUGGUGCCGCUUUUUAUUCCCGAUUUUUGCAAGCUUAGAGCUUCUCCCCCUCUCAAACACUCUCGUCCCAUCUCCUCUCUCUUUCUUUCCCAUCUCCCCUCUCCCCCACCAGACAAUCCUCCGCCUGAUCAUAUAUAUCAACGCCUCUUCCACUCGUCAUCCACGCGGACAAUCACGCCAUGGUUGCAUGAACCUAUAAAGACUCACGGAUAGGGCGCUGUUCAAACUCAUCCCGCGAUAUUGAUCCCAAAACAUCAAUAUUGCUUCUGUGAAGGUUUGUCGUGUGCCACGAACCUUCCCAACGAGCACUGUUCCACGACAAAACUUUCACAACGACUUUUUUGUGAAACCAAUCAAGCUCCCACGCUUCAAUGAUGCUGCCCUGGACCUGCAAAGAUUCCUUGGGGAGGCGUCUCGGUGGGGCCGGUACAUCGUGGGGCGAAUGAACCUUCAGAGUUUCUCUCCUUCUGACGUACCCGGCUCCUCUAUCACAUCCAUCUCAACACCACAAUCGCUGUUGAUGUUACGGCAUCGGUGCAAUAUCCUUGCUAAAGAGGACCACAUCGUUAGGUAUAUUGGAUAAGGAUCUGCUGAUAUGGCCAACUUUGUUGGUCGUGCGCGGGAGAGACAAGCGUUCCUGCCGCCUCUUGUCUUAUUUUCACUUUCCUCUACCGUCCCAGGUUUUGUCCAGACCAUCAAACUCGUUCCUGCUAGUCCUCUAGCGCCCGCUUGGGAUCUACCUUUCUUCUACUUAACCUGUUCAUUCAUCCUCUCUCAUCGAGAUCUUCAAGCAUCCAAGGUCAUCAAAUCCACGUUGAGUAAUAUCAACAUAGAUUCGGAGAAUUGUCCUGAAAACGGCCAAUUGAUCUAGAGCAGGUCGAGCUACUUGAAAUACAGAUUGCCCCCAACCCUCCUUCUACUACUACUAUUUGAGGUUAGGAUUAGACAUAAUGUCUACCAAGCCCAUCUUUGUUGCUACCCAUCCGCGGGCAUGCAGCACAGCAUUUGAACGAGUCUUUAUGACUCGCCAAGAUACCCUCACAUGUGUUCACGAACCAUUCGGCGACGCCUUCUACUUUGGCCCCGAGAGAUUGAGUCCGAGAUACGAAGAUGAUGAGAAGGCUCGCGAGGAGAGUGGGUUCGCAAACAGUACAUUCAAAACCAUAUUCGAGAGGAUUGAGAGAGAAGGCAAAGAGGGGAAACGACUUUUUAUCAAGGACAUCACUCACUACUUGGUCCCUCCCAAUGGAAAGCAAGCAACCAUUGCUCCAUCUCUUGGUGGACAGACCGUCAAGAAAGGCGUCGGAACAAAUGGCGAAACCAAUGGUGCCGUAAAUGGCCAUACAAAUGGCCUUACCAACGGGCAUACCAAUGGCCAUACCAAGGCUCCAUACCCGUACGACACAGCUGCCGAGCCCGGAAAUCCCACCGUCGUCCCAGCGGAGAUCUUGAAGCAAUUCCACUUCACCUUCCUCAUCCGUCAUCCACGUCACAGUAUCCCAUCCUACUUUCGCUGCACCAUUCCACCCCUGGAUGAGAUUACCGGCUUCUAUAACUUCAUGUCAGCCGAGGCCGGUUAUGAUGAACUCCGCCGAGUCUUCGACUUCCUCGUCAAGGAUAAACAGGUCGGCCCAGCUCUCGCUGGCAAGCACGAUGACCUGAUGAAUGGAGAAGUCAGCAUCACCGUUGUCGACGCUGACGAUCUCUUGGAUGAUCCAGAAGGUAUUAUUUCGGCUUACUGCAAGGAAGUCGGUAUCGACUAUACUCCCGACAUGUUGAACUGGGAUACCGAAGAUGACCACAGGCGAGCAAAAGAUGCUUUUGAGAAGUGGAAGGGUUUCCAUGAGGAUGCUAUCAACAGCACGUCGCUUAAGCCGAGAGAUGCUGCCCAUAAAUCCAAGACUGUAGAAACCGAAGAUGCGGAGUGGCGCGAGAAGUAUGGCGUCGAAGGUGCUAAAGUCAUCAGAGCAUGUGUAGAGGCUAACAUUCCGGACUAUGAGUAUUUGAAGUCUUUUGCUAUCAAGGUUUAGGACUGGUAUGGUAUGACAACUGGUGGUAUAAGGUCUUUGCUUUGACAAAUUGCUACGUAUUGGUCGCGUGCGGUACUGUAUGCCAUUUUGAUAACGGUUGAUGGAUGAAACCCCAUGAAAAGGAGAGACCGUAAGAAUGCCUAGAUUGGACUUUGGCAGGUGAAAUAGUCGGCUAUUCAAUUAAUUGGAUCAUUUUAUAAGAGCUGUGCCAUGUGGUGAUUACACAGAAACUUACAAGCCACAUUUACAUGAAUGAUAUGCCGUAACACCAUGGUAUAGCCCAGGAAUGACUUCCAUCCCCGAGCAAGCAAAACAUAUAAACAGGUAG